GUUAGUGUGAUGAUGGUGUGGGGCGUGGUGGGCUUGUGUGGUGUACCAGAGUAAAGUCGCGUUUUUUCUUCUUCGAUGGGAUGGAAUCAACCUGAAAAGGGGUGUCUCAUCUGACAGAUGAAGUUUACGUGAACGAUUUAGUAUGAAAAAUAUGGAGAACGAUGAAGAUCUGCUGAUCUCAUUAGAGUUACAAAAUUUCAUGGACGCUUCGCAGAAAAAACAAUCCGAUCAACAGAGACCGCAACGCUUAAUUAAUCAACUGACCAAGAUCAAGAAUCCGGUCAAUCUGAUCCAGGUUGCCACACCGGAAACUGGUCAAGUGUUUGGCCAUCCGCAGCCGGCGGUUUUAAACCGUGGCCGUCAAAUGCAGCAGAUUAACCAGGACCUGGCACAACAACUGGCCAUUUCCAACAGUUCCCAGUUGGCCAAGGUCCAGGUCGCCACACCGGGAACUGGUCAAGUUUUUGGCAAUCAGCAGUCGGACAAUUCCGAACAGUAUCGAGUUAAAGGCGCGACUUUGUCUGAUCUUCGGAAGCAGCGUAGAAGGAUUCAAACCAACAACGAAGAGGUCACCGCGAGCCGUCAACUCCGGCCCAGUGACCAGAACCUGAAACAGCAGCUGAUCCAGGUCGGGAGCUCGGGCAGUCUGAUCCAGGUUGCCUCGCCGGGAGCUGGUCAGGUGUUUGGCCAUCAGCAGUCGGACGAUUCCGAACAACAACAAGUGAAGGUUGAAUACCAUCACGGAGAAGUCGUCGCGCGCCAUCAACUCCGGCCAAGUGACCAGAACCUGGAACAGCAGCUGAUCCAGGUCGGGAGCUCGGGCAAUCUGAUCCAGGUUGCCUCGCCGGGAGCUGGUCAAGUGUUUGGCCAUCAGCAGUCGGACGAUUUCGACGAGAACACCGGGCGCCGUCAACUGCGGCCAAGUGACCAGAACCUGAAACAGCAGCUGACCCAGGUCGGGAGCACGGGCAAUCUGAUCCAGGUUGCCUCGCCGGGAGCUGGUCAGGUGUUUGGCCAUCAGCAGUCGGACGAUUCCGAACAACAACAAGUGAAGGUUGAAUACCAUCACGGAGAAGUCGUCGCGCGCCAUCAACUCCGGCCAAGUGACCAGAACCUGGAACAGCAGCUGAUCCAGGUCGGGAGCUCGGGCAAUCUGAUCCAGGUUGCCUCGCCGGGAGCUGGUCAAGUGUUUGGCCAUCAGCAGUCGGACGAUUUCGACGAGAACACCGGGCGCCGUCAACUGCGGCCAAGUGACCAGAACCUGAAACAGCAGCUGACCCAGGUCGGGAGCACGGGCAAUCCGAUCCAGGUUGCCUCGCCGGGAGCUGGUCAGGUGUUUGGCCAUCAGCAGUCGGACUUGCGGUUUCGUAAUUAUUUUAAGAAAAUUAUCCAACCGAUUAAUGUCAACUGCAACUUUGAUGUUUUGAGUUCAAGUUCAAUUGUUCACAACGGCAUAAGUUAUAAAACCGGUAAUUUUGCUGCGAUAAACAAUUCUGGAAUUGUAAGUUUGUACGAAAUUUUAGAAACGUUAUCAGUAGAUGAUAAUUUGUACCUUGUACUACAAAUUUGGGAGGUCUUAGGAUAUGACGAACACUUUCUUGCGUAUGAAACAAGUGGCUGUACAAAAAAGGUCGAUAUUUUAAAGCUAGAAUUAAUCACCACAGCACCAUUCAUGGUCAGCAUUGUUAACGAUAGGGUUCUGUUUCGAAUUAGGAAUUCUCUAAAUAUUCUGUAACUCACUGAUUCCAAUAAAUGUACACUGAGUCUCACUGCAA